UCUUACAUAUACUGUCCCACUGCUGGAAACAGAAUUAGCGAUAACGCCUUGCACAUCCAUUUUCAGUUAUAAGAUAUACAUUUAAAAUAGACAUAUAAUCGGAAUUAUCUUUAUUGUUCAGUUUUCAUUCUAUACCAUUUGGUAUGAAGAUAUUCAUCGACAACGCCAACGGUACUCUGUGGUUGUCUUUGAACUUGCUGAGGUGGGUGGGGUUUCUGGUGCCAGACAAUUUUGAAGGUCGAAAGAAGAAGUUGCUGCCGUUUUACUCAUUUUUCUGGUUCAUGUUCAUUGUGGGUAUUUAUGUAAUCGUCCAAACCGGAGACUUGAUCCAAGUAUGGGGGGACAUCACCCUGAUGACUGGCACCUCUUUCCUCCUGUUCACCAACAUGGCGUUCAUCACCAAGAUCAUCAACGUGAUGGUACGGAGAGAUGCUGUACUCGCAAUCAUCGAUGAAGGUGAUGAGGUUCUUAGAUCAGAGAGGAGGAUCGAAGGAAAGGCUAUUGUUAAAAGCUCUAACCAAGAGACGUCGCGUCUUCUAUAUUUAUACGGUUUGCUCACCGUGGUCACAGUUUUCGGAUGGGCAGCCAGUGCUGAGAAAGGCAGCUUACCUUUGCGAGCCUGGUAUCCAUACGAUACUUCAAAAUCUCCGGCAUACGAACUGACAUAUCUACACCAGAGCGUCGCAGUGAUCCUCUUGGCAUUUCUCAACGUAAGUUUGGAUGUGCUGGUAACGUCAUUGGCAGCAGUGUGCCGCUGCAGGUUUCAACUCCUGGCAUUAUCCCUCAGGACUCUAUGUCAUGACAUCCCGAUUGAUGAGAAGCACCUGGUAUCCCCCGAGCACAAGCAGAUAGUACAUGAGCGUCUUCGUCUCUGUAUAUUACAACAUCAGAGCAUUCUGGAGUCAGCAGCGAAGAUCAAAACUUGCUUCUCUGGACACAUACUGGCGCAGUUUACUGUGUCUAUUGUCAUUAUUUGCGUUACUGCGUAUACUCUUGCAUUGGAAACCCAUGACAACCCGAUACGUUUGAUCGCAAUGUUUUCUUAUCUGUUAGGAAUGAUGAUGCAAGUAUUCCUGUACUGUUAUCAAGGGGACUAUCUAUCUGAAGAGAGUUCAGAUAUAGCAGACGCCGCAUAUGAAUGUCCAUGGUAUGCGUGCCCAAUUCCACUGCGAAGGAGUCUGCUAGUCAUCAUGGCGAGGUCUCGUCGUGUGGCCAUCCUCACGGCAGGCGGUUUCAGUACGCUGUCUCUGGCAUGUUUUGUUUCUAUAAUUAAAGCUUCUUACAGUUUCUUCACAGUCUUGCAGCAAGUAGAAGAAUGAGUGAUCACGAGUCAACGUGUUGCACAAAUAGUACCCACCCACACAAGAUAUUUGGGUCAUCAUCAUUCUAAAUAUAUCUUAUUUGAUUUAGCACUGCAGUCAAAGAUGUAGGUAGAUGUUUCUUUGAUGAAUAAUUUGAGGAUUCACGCUUGCAUUGUAUUUAAAAAUUACGAACAAUAUAAAUCAGCAUAGCACAAAUAAAUCUAAGGUCAGGGGGCCCUAUUUCAUCUAUGGGGGCAUAUCCGCUUUUUUGGAAUUACGGGCGUUCUAAUCGAAGGAUAGUUUUGAUAGUUGUAGAGGUAAGUAGGCGAUUUUUGACUCUCUUACUUAUACGGUCAUGAAAGCUGUUCUUUGAAUAGAACGUCUGUUAUUGCAAAAAGACGGAUUCGCAAACAUCGACGGAAUAGGUC